UGCUGGCAGAGGCACAGGCUCCCCAGAAGAUGGGUGACUGGGAUUUCCUGGAGAAACUGCUGGACCAAGUCCAGGAGCACUCAACCGUGAUCGGGAAGAUCUGGCUCACCGUGCUCUUCAUCUUCCGCAUCCUCAUCCUGGGCCUGGCCGGGGAGUCCGUGUGGGGGGACGAGCAGUCGGAUUUCGUGUGUAACACCAAGCAGCCGGGCUGCACCAACGUCUGCUACGACAAAGCCUUCCCCAUCUCCCACAUCCGCUACUGGGUGCUCCAGUUCCUCUUCGUCAGCACCCCGACCCUGAUUUACCUGGGCCACGUUAUCUAUCUGUCCCGGAGGGAGGAGAAGCUGAAGCAGCAGCAGAGUGAGCUUCGGGCUGUCCACAGCAAGGACCCGAAGAUCGAGCAGGCCCUGGCAGCCGUGGAGAAGAAGAUGUCCAAGAUCUACGUGACAGAGGAUGGGCGGCUCAAGAUCCGAGGGGCGCUGAUGUGGACCUACAUCACCAGUGUGAUCUGCAAGAGCAUCUUCGAGGCUGGUUUCCUUGUCGGCCAGUGGUACCUGUACGGCUUCUCCAUGGUGCCCCGCUACGUGUGCAAGAGGGACCCCUGCCCCCACCAGGUGGAUUGCUUCAUCUCCCGCCCCACCGAGAAGAGCAUCUUCAUCAUCUUCAUGCUGGUGAUGGGCCUGAUCUCCUUAAUCCUGAACCUCCUGGAGCUCUUCCACCUCUGCUGCAAGAACCUGCUCAGCAACAUCAAGAAGGUGUCGGGGCCGGUCGUACCGAGCCGGGACGUCUUUGCCCAGGACGUGGUGUCGGAUCCCUACGCACCCAAGCACUACCCGUUCCUGCCCAUGGCCGAGAGCCACGUGCCAUCCUACCAGACCUACAACAAACUCUCCAGCGAGCAGAACUGGGCCAACUUCCACAACGAGGAGAGCCUGGCGCUGGGCAGCGGCAGCAGGCCCCUGUCGGACCCCUACGCCCCCCGGGCUGCUGAAGCCUCUGCCCCAGAGGAGAAGCCAUGCAGCCGGCCCGGGAGCUCGGCCUCCAAAAAGCAGUAUGUGUAGUGCCAGGCUGGCCCUGGCUGGCAGGGGGACCUUCCCCUGUCCCACCUGCCUGCAGAGGUGCUGCCUGUGGGCAGGCAGCUGCCUCCUGCCUGGUGCUGUGCCUUACGGACACACUCCCCUCCGGAGGCGGGAUGCUCGGGAGCGGGGCUGAGCGCAGCCUCUGCUCUCCUCUGUUUUCCCCAAUGACCCCGCAAGGAAGGAAACUGCAGAAAGUUCCCUGGGACGCCGCGUCCCGUGUGUGCCUCACUCUGGGAAAGGGAGAAAUCCCUGGAGCCACCCUGUGGAACAGGCUGUCCCUGGGGCUGUAGCAGGAGGCUGCUGGCCAUCGGGAGCUGUGGCUCAGCCGGACCCCAGAGCCUCUGCCGGGAUGAGAGCCGGGAGCAUGGCCGUGGGAAGCUGCUCCCCUCCAGCCUCCACACGGAGCAGGCUGAGCCUGGGACAGACACGGGAAGCUGGGCUGGAGCAGUGCUGACAGAUCCUGGCCACCAGCCCCGUCCCAUUGCAGUGACCCUGGCAUCUGUCCAGGGUUUGCUGCCCGAGCUGCCCCCUCCCCAUGGGACACAGGGGGGUUAAUCCAGUGGCAGCUCUGUCGUGACCGGCAGAUCCCGAUGGCUGCAGGGUCACCACGGGUGACCCAGGAGUGUGAGUUCCCUCUGCCCUCCCGGCCCUGGACCCUUUCCCAUGGGAUGCGUGCCUUUAAGUUAUUUUUAACCUGCUGGCCUGAGCACAGAGCUUUCUGUCUUAAAGGUGCAGUUUGCAGGGGAUCUGGGGAGCCCUGUCCAUGUGCCUUGGAGCCCUUGGGGUUAUGGGGAGGAAUCAGACCAGCAGCUUCUGGUUCGAAGGGUCACUGGGUUUUAUUACUUUGCACUAGUCAUCUCCUGCUGUGGGCUGAGGUGCCAGGGGGGGAUGGAAGAACCAACUGCUGCCAUGGGACCUGUCCCCCAAAUUCCCCAGCCCACUGAUGCUGUGAGAGGGGAUGGUCCUGCUGUGACCAAAGGGCUGAAGCUCCUGUGUGACCCAGGCACGAGUGCAGGAUGUGGGCACUGCCCUCAGUGCUGUUUCCUUUCCCUCUGGCAGACUCG